AUGUCGUCCUUUUUCACUCUACCCGCUUCGCAGAAGAAGCGAAAACGGACGCAAGGAGACGGUGUAUCACGGCCUCCGCAGAGGAAGGAGCUUAAAACCAGGACCGAACGAGACGGCUCGAUAUCUGGCAGCGAGGAUUCCGACGAUGACCGAGAAGCGCGGACUGGAGAGGAGUAUGAAGGCUCAGAUUCCGAAGAUGAGGAGUUUGCGAACGAGGACUCCGCUGCGAAACGUAUUCGAUUGGCAGAGCAAUAUCUAGCAAACACGCAGAAAGAGGUCCUGGACGAUGUCGGCUUCGAUGCCGCAGAGGUGGAUCAAGAGAAUUUGAGACAUCGCAUGGGAGAAAGAUUGAAAGAAGAUACGGCAGAGACAAAAGGAAAGCUUUACAGAUGGAUCGCGCAAGACUUCGACUGGAGCAAAGCAGAGAGGGCACAGUUCAGACACCACCAGCAAUCUGUUACGAGUGUUGCGAUAGCUGGCGAACAUGCAUACACUGUGGGCAAGGACGCGAUAUUGGUGAAAUGGCGGUUACCUGGCGAACGUCCCCCGAUGCGCGGAUGGCAGAACCGUACUCGAAAGCCUGCAAAACUGCUCGUCUCGAGAAAAUUCGGGAAGAACACCAACAGCAACAACUCAGACCAACAUACAAAAGCGAUCCUUUGCGUCGCAGCAUCACAAGAUGGCAAAUUUGUUGCUACUGGCGGGGCGGAUAAGAAACUCAUUGUCUGGGAUGCGGCGACACUGAAGCCGCUGAAAGUCUUCUAUCAACACCGUGACACUGUGGAAAGCUUGGCAUUUCGCAGAGGCACGAAUCAAUUAUUCACUGCGAGCAAAGACAGAACUGUGAAGAUCUGGUCUCUUGACGAGCUCGCAUACGUCGAGACCCUCUUUGGCCACCAGGACGAAGUCGCCGACGUAAGUGCUCUGGCGCAGGAAACUUGCGUUACUGUGGGAGCUCGAGAUCGCACGGCACGUUACUGGAAGGUCGUCGAAGAAAGCCAGUUGGUGUUUCGUGGUGGUGGCGCGCCAAGCAAAAGCAAAUUGUCCAGAUACGGCAACGACAGCGGAAUAGAGCUGCCGGAAGAUCCUCAUCACGAAGGCUCUACAGACAGAGUCGCAUGCGUCGACGAUGAGACCUUCAUUACAGGUUCUGACAACGGCUCCAUCUCGCUAUGGAAUAUUCACAAGAAGAAGGCAGUGUAUACCUAUCCUUUAGCGCAUGGCAUGGAUCCUCCUUUGCCUCUAGAACAAGUCAGCGCUGAAGAAGAGCCGCCUGAGGACGCGCGCACCAAGCCUCAGCCGAGGUGGAUAACAGCGCUCCGAGCAAUACCCUUCUCUGAUGCAUUUGUCACUGGCAGUUGGGAUGGGUACGUGCGGGUAUGGAAAAUAAGCGCCGACAAAAGACGGAUCGAACCACUUGGAUGUCUUGGCCGGAUUGACCAGUCUGUGGAUCAGCUUUUAGAACAGGAAGGUCUGAGCUCGCAUGCAAUGGCCAACGGAGCUCUCGAAGCCAUGAGAGAAGGCACCGAAAAGCAGGGCGUCGUUACUGGUAUCAUCAAUGACCUUGCGAUAGUUGACAAAGGCGAUCGCGGCAAGGAGGGUGUCGUGGUGGUAGCUGCAGUGGGCAAGGAGCCUCGCUUGGCCAGAUGGAAAGAGAUCUACGAAGCCACAAAUUGUGCGGUCCUAUUCGAGAUCCCUCGCAAGACCCUCGAUGCAAGCACGACGAGCGAUACCGUCAAUGGAGAAGAGGGACAUACUAAUGACGACGAAUUUGCAGGCUUCGACUGA